AACCCACUCCGAGGUCAUUAUUCUUCACCGGUAUCUCCACAACCUCCCCAAGCCUUCAUCUAAAGGGGAGGAUUUGGAAUAAUAAGGGCAGAAAAGAAAAAGAAAAAAGAUGUCUGGAAAAAUAAUUGUCUCCGCUGUUUCUCUCAUCCUCGUGGUAGGAGUUGCCAUCGGCGUAGUGGUGGCUGUUAAUAAGAAGGGAGAUGACAACCAGCUUCACUCCCAACAAAAAUCCGUGAGUGUCAUAUGCCAAAACACUGAAGACCAAAAACUGUGCCAUGAGACUCUGAGCUCGGUGAAAGGCCUAGACACCGCAGAUCCAAAGGCUUACAUAGCAGCGGCUGUGAAAGCCACGACAGAAAGUGUGAUCAGAGCCUUCAACAUGAGCGACAGGCUGACAGUGGAGCAUGAAAACAACGAUAAAGGCAUCAAGAUGGCCCUGGAAGAUUGCAAGGAUCUGUUGCAAUCUGCAAUCGAGAGUCUCCAGCUGAGCACCGACAUGGUUCGCAACAACAACGUCCAAGCCGUGCAUACCCAAACCGCUGAUUUCAAAAACUGGCUGAGCGCGGUUAUCUCGUACCAACAGGCGUGCAUGGAGGGUUUUGACGAUGGGCAAGAGGGAGAGAAGAAGAUCAAGGAGCAGUUGCAUACACAGAGUUUGGACAACGUGCAGAAACUCACCGGCAUCACCCUUGACAUCGUCAGUAGCUUGUCUCACAUCCUCGAGCAGUUUGGCUUCAAGUUUAAUCUCAAACCUGCCUCUCGCCGUCUUCUCUCCGUUGAUAACCAAGGCUACCCCACAUGGUUCUCUGCUGCCGAUCGCAAGCUCUUGGGUCAGCUUGAACGCAAGGGAUGGAGAUCACACAUUGUCCCUAACGUUGUGGUUGCCCAGGAUGGCUCUGGUACGUUCAAAACCAUUGCUGAGGCCAUUGCUUCCUACCCUAACGGCUACCAGGGUAGAUACAACAUCUAUGUCAAGGCUGGUCUCUAUGAUGAAUACAUCACCAUUCCCAAGAACGCUGCCAACAUUCUCAUGUACGGUGAUGGCCCCGGAAAGACCAUUGUCACUGGCCGCAAGAACUUCGCUGAGGGCGUCAAGACAAUGCAAACCGCCACCUUUGCCAACACUGCUCCCGGCUUCAUCGCCAAGGCCAUGACAUUCGAGAACACCGCUGGCGCAGAGGGUCACCAAGCCGUCGCUUUCAGAAACCAGGGUGACAUGUCAGCCGUCGUAGGUUGCCACAUCUUGGGCUACCAAGACACCUUGUACGCUCAGACCAACAGGCAAUUCUACCGCAACUGCGUCAUCUCCGGCACCAUCGACUUCAUCUUCGGCGUCUCCACCACCCUCAUCCAGCACUCCGUCAUCAUCGUCAGGAAGCCCCUGGACAACCAGCUCAACACAGUCACCGCCGACGGCACCUCCGAGAAGAACAUGGCCACCGGCAUUGUCAUCCAGGACUGCAACAUCGUCCCUGAGCAAGCACUCUUCCCCGUCAGGUUCCAAAUCAAGUCUUUCUUGGGCAGGCCUUGGAAGCAGUACUCCAGGACCAUCGUCAUGGAAUCCAACCUCGGUGACUUCAUUCAUCCCGAAGGCUGGUGCCCUUGGGCUGGUGAACACUUCGAAGACACCUGCUACUAUGCCGAAUACAACAACGAAGGUCCUGGUGCCAAUGUCUCCGGAAGAAUCAAGUGGAAGGGUUACCGUGGCCUCAUCUCCCGCGACGAGGCUUCUCAGUUCACUGCUGAAAAGUUCCUCCAAGCUGGUGCAACCUCUAGUACUGAAUGGUUGAAGGCUCUUCAUGUUCCUCACGCCCUUGGAUUCGCCAAAGCCUAAUUCAUUC